GCCGCUCGGGGCAGCUUGCCGGCGGCAGGGCGGGACUGGACCGCUCUGGAGCCCCUUAGUGUCGCGCUAAAGCGUUGAGGUUUCCGACGCGGGCGGGAACGACAGUCCCAGGGUCCCUGGCGGCCGGCGCGGAAGCCGGCGGCGGUCCUCGGGGCCGCGGCAGGGGCGAGGGCAGGGGUGGUGGCGGCGCCCGGCGCUGUCCCCAGCCGGCAGCCUCUGGAAGAGCGGGCCCCGGGCUCUAGGGCGUUUCCCCGCGGGGGACUGCCGGCGUGCCCUCCCCCUGGGCUUGGAAGGCGCCGGGCGGCGCCCCGCCCGACAGCCGCCGCUUGCGUGGCGUCUUGCUCUGCGCGUCACGGUCGUGUAGCCCGAGAUGGGGAGAGUGGAGCUUUGGGUGUGGAGUGAUUGUGUGAACUCUGGGGCUGGGUUGUGUGGGAGCCGGUGCCCUGGGAGGCCGGUGAGGAUCCUGAAGGCACGGUGGCAGUCCGCGGGCCGCCGGCCCCCCCCCAGAUGCUCGGCAGGUGCUCACCUCGUUGCCAGUACGGCAGCGCGCGACGCGAAACCUCACGGCAGCUCCGACAGCCAGCGGAGCGCCUACGAGCCGCUGCUGCCGGCUGUGAAAGGGUCAGGGUUUCAGAGGAAGAAUGGUGUUCAGCUGGGGGGGAAUUUUGUAAAAGCAGUUCCUGCUGGGCUGGGAUUUUGACUGGCGUGCCGACCCAGGAUGUCAGGAGCAGUGUCUCAGAUGAGAAACCGUGUGAAUAGGCAGCACCAGGAGUUCCCCCUGGAGAGAGAAUGUGAAGAAGAACGGGAAAGAGGAGGCUGAGGCAAGACCAUGCAAGGGCUCAGUCCAGGCGAUGCUGACUUGGUUCCCCAAGUGGUAGGAAGGAAGGAGAAGAUGGGAGGCAGCAAGGCCAGAGAGAGGCUGUUAGAAUUUGAACCUCGCUGCAUGUGCUUCCUAGACCCAAGGAGACAUGCUCAUUCAGUCCAUCUACAAACGUCCUGCAUUAUGAAGCUGGGACGGUGUCGGAGCGUGAAGGAGUUUGAGAAGCUGAACCGUAUCGGGGAAGGCACCUAUGGCAUUGUGUAACAUAGUAAACAGAAGGCAAAGCGGUGACCUGCAUCCUGACUCUAAGGAGGAAAACUUCGAGGGAGCUUGGUGUAACUAGCACCCUAUCGGGCCCGGGACACCCAGACGGACGAGAUUGUCGCCCUGAAGAAGGUGCGGAUGGACAAGGAGAAGGAUGGGGUCCCCAUCAGCAGCCUUCGAGAGAUCACACUGCUCCUUCGCCUUCGCCAUCCGAAUAUCGUGGAGCUGAAGGAAGUCGUUGUGGGGAACCACCUGGAGAGCAUCUUUCUGGUGAUGGGUUAUUGUGAGCAAGAUCUGGCCAGCCUUCUGGAGAACAUGCCAACACCCUUCUCUGAGGCCCAGGUCAAGUGCAUUGUGCUGCAAGUGCUCCGAGGCCUUCAAUAUUUGCACCAGAACUUCAUCAUCCACAGGGACCUGAAGGUGUCCAACUUGCUCAUGACCGAUAAGGGCUGUGUGAAGACAGCGGAUUUCGGCCUGGCCCGGGCUUAUGGCAUCCCAGUGAAGCCCAUGACCCCCAAGGUGGUCACACUCUGGUACCGAGCCCCCGAACUGCUUUUGGGAACCACCACGCAGACCACCAGCAUAGACAUGUGGGCCAUGGGCUGCAUCCUGGCCGAGCUGCUGGCCCACAAGCCCCUUCUCCCUGGCACGUCCGAGAUCCACCAGGUGGACCUGAUUGUGCAGCUGCUGGGGACGCCCAGUGAGAACAUCUGGCCAGGCUUCUCCAGGCUGCCGCUGGUGGGUCAGUACAGCCUGAGGAAGCAGCCGUACAACAACCUCAAACACAAGUUCCCGUGGCUCUCGGAGGCUGGCCUGCGCCUGCUGAACUUCCUCUUCAUGUACGACCCCAAGAAAAGGGCAACGGCCAGAGAUGGCCUGGAGAGCUCGUACUUCAAGGAGAAGCCCCUGCCCUGUGAGCCGGAGCUCAUGCCCACCUUCCCCCACCACCGCAACAAGCGGGCUGUCCAGGCCACGUCUGAGGCCCAGGGCAAGCGCUGUAAGCCCUGACAGCCCCUCCACCGGGCUGGCACAUCUGCGACGGACAGCAACGGAAUGGGGAGGCCUCUGCAGUCCAGGCUCACGACGCUGCUGGGACCCAGCUCCUCCUUCGGCGGAGACCUACCCGCUGCUCCGGCUGAUCACACCCCUUCCCCAGAAGAGCGGGGAGUGGGCAUGGGGGUGAUGCAGGGUGGGUGCACCUUGAAGGGGUGGGACCUCAUUCAGGACACCUGUUGCCGCGCCCUCAGCUGGUAAAAGCUUGGGACCCUCCCUUCCCAGGAGGAAACACCUGCUGGGCCCAAUUCAGUGGGUGUUGCUGUCUUGGGAUGCGUAGACCCCACAUGGUGGCUUGUGCUCCCUCCUGAUCACCAGGGUCUGUCUAGGGCAGGGAGAGGCGCACCCCCCCCCCCCCCGGCAGGGUUGGCACACUCAGAAUGGGAAGGAGAGGUCGGGUGUGGGUCACAUCCCACCUGAGGGACUGGGGUCUGAGCCCUGUCCCUGACCCACACUGAGGCCCAGAGGGGAAGGGGCAUGAGUCAGAGAGAUAAAAGGUUUUCUAACAGGUA